AUGGAUGAGCAGCAGCAGGCACCAUGCGUGCCUCCAGGGUUCAGGUUCCACCCGACGGAGGAGGAGCUGGUGGGGUACUACCUGGCCAGGAAGGUGGCCUCCCAGAAGAUCGACCUCGACAUCAUCCGGGAGGUCGAUCUCUACAGGAUCGAGCCAUGGGAUCUCCAAGAGAGGUGCGGCUACUACGGCGGCAGCGGAAGCGGCGGCGGCCAGGAUCAGGAGGAGCCGACGGAGUACUACUUCUUCAGCUACAAGGACCGCAAGUACCCGAGCGGCACGCGCACCAACCGCGCCACCGCCGCGGGCUUCUGGAAGGCCACCGGCAGGGACAAGCCGGUGCUCUCCUCCACCACCACCUCCCGUUCCUCCUCCGCCGCCGGAUCCAUCAGCGUCGUCAUCGGCAUGCGGAAGACGCUCGUCUUCUACCGCGGCCGCGCGCCCAACGGCCGCAAGACGGACUGGAUCAUCCACGAGUACCGGCUGCAGAGCAACGAGCACGCCCCCACGCAGGAGGAAGGAUGGGUCGUCUGCCGCGCCUUCCAGAAGCCCAUGCCCAACCAGCAGCACAUCAGGCACGCCUGCUACGCAGCUGCCGGCGGCUACCUGCCGGGCAGCUACGGCUCCACCGUGCCCGCCACCUACUACUACGACGGCCCUGCCCCUGCAGCGCGGCUACUGAUGAACGGCGGCGGCGCUGCUGCUGCACCUCCGGCAGCGCAUGACCACGGCGGCUUGGCGGCUGAGUCCAAGCUGCACGUGCAGCUCCUCGCCGACAUGGCGCUGCUCCAGAGCCCUGCCAUAGACGGCGGCGUGCAUCAUAGCUUUAACGAUCAAGUUGCCGCUGCCGCCGUCGCUGCGGAGUCGACGGUGGAUUGGAACCUGCUGAGCAGCCUGCUGCCGCCCGCGCAGCUGAAUUUCCAUCACACACCGCCGCCGGCUUCUCCUUCUUCUUGCUCCAAGAACAACAAUGAUGCAUGA